UUUGAAAAAAUGUCCAUAAAUAAUCUAAAGGGCAACGAAGGGCAAAACGCGUGAUUGGAAAAUACAAACCAACUGCGGGUUUUCGGUUUUUUAUUUUCCGGUUCAGUAUUUGCUGACGUCACUCACCUGUAUAUAUACCACGUCCUGAUCGACUCCGGGAUACGCGUUCUAUUCUUGUCCAUCACGUUUCUCUCUCUUCUUUCUCUCUCUCUCUCUAGAAUUCAAAUUUCAUCUGUGAUUACUUACCUGAAACCUGAAGAAAUCGACGACAGCGAAAUGGGGGGAUGUGCAUCAGUUGGUCGAAUCGAGUUUGACUCGUCUCCGACGGCGAAGAUCGUGACGGUGAACGGCGACCUCCGGGAAUACAAUGUCCCGGUGUUGGCGUCGCAGGUCCUGGAAGCCGAAUCUAUGGCUGCUUCUUCACCUUCAUCUUCCUCUAGAUCUACUUCAUAUUUCAUCUGUAAUUCCGAUUCUCUCUACUACGACGAUUUCAUUCCUGCUGUUGGAUCGGAGGAGCAGCUUCAAGCGGAGCAGAUCUACUUUGUCCUCCCGAUCUCCAAGCGCUGGACCCGCCUCACGGCUUCGGACAUGGCGGCUCUCGCCGUCAAAGCCAGCGUCGCGAUCCAGAACGCGGCUGGGAAGGAAUCCCGCCGCCGCAAUAAGGGGCGGAUCUCGCCGGUGGUGGUGCUGAGUCAGACGAGCGGUUCGAACAGUGUCGCCGGGGAAUCGACGGUUAAAAAUGGGGAAUCGGCGGAGAAAACAGCGCUGGCAAAGGUUUCCGGUGGUUUCUCGAGAUCUGGAACAGUACUGAAAUUACCGAGAUGUACGUCUCGGCGAGCCAAGCUUGCGGUUAGUCCGUUUAGGCUGAGGCUUUCAACCAUUAACGAAGGCUCAGUUCUAUAGAUUAUUUCAUUUCAUUUUAUUUUAUUUACGCCUCAGGUUUUGGAGAGAGAAAACAGAAAAGGGUAAUAAUCAUACAAUUUUUGUUAGGUUUACUGUUGCAGAGAUGGAAUUGUCAAAUGAAAUUUUUUUCAUUUUUUGCAUAUCGUCGGAUAU